CUUUUUAAGCGUUUAAUGGGAUGCUCAAGAUGGAUUCACCGUUGAAUUUCAGAGUGCCAACUGUCUGAGAAGAGUAUUAUGGUCUGUUAACAGAUCAAGUGAUCGUGUACAGUUUUGUGGCCAUGAAAAGGAUUUGUUAGUGGCAUAGCGACUUUGAAUCACCCGUUGAGCACCUCUAUGGGCUGGUAAAUGGAUAACUAGGAUUUGAGGAAUGCAACAUUACGAGUGGUUUUAAAAGAAGUAACUUGCAUUGGGUAUUAGCUAACGCCAUUUGAAAAGAUACACUACUGUUGACGUGACUUCUCGAGAAUUUUGUCAAAAACGCAUGAUGUCUACGGGGCUGGAGAAAGUGGAUACCAUAGACGAUAUAGCAAAAGCUUUCGAAUUAAUUAAAUCUUUCGGUCUUUCAACGAAAGGCUUAAAUUCACUAGAUGAGAUGAAGAACAAACUUCGUGAACAUUUAAAAGGGUUGGAAAGGACUUCGUCGCGAAAGAUUGGAGAGACACAUGAAGUUAUCUCCGAUGCUGGUAAAUCGGACGCUGACAAACGCAGAAAGUUACUCGAUCUUUACAAAAGAACUGAGCAGUUCAUGGAUCAGUUUGAGGAGGAUUUUUUGGAAAUACUUCAGAAAAGCUUCGAAGACCUGAACAAAUCUUUGCAAGAGAGAAAGAAGAAUGUUGAACCAAGUGAUCAGUAUGUUGUUCUUGUUGCAGGUGAGACUAGCGCUGGAAAAAGCAGUGUCAUUAAUCUCAUCUUGGGAGAAGACCUUCUUCCCUCUACAACAUUAAGCACCACGUCCACAAUUUGCGAGCUGAAAUACGGACAAAAGCCGAUGGUUGGUGUACACUACAAGCCUAAUGGAGCAAAAACUCCUGAACCAGCUUUUCACGAAUUGAAUGAUGGAAGUAAAACCUACAAAGAACAAAUAGAGAAGUUUGUGUACGUCAAAGAAGAUCGAGAGAAAACACCUUACGAGAAAAUUGAACUGUUCUUUCCGCACCCUUUGUUUAAGGAGAAUGUAAUUAUCGUCGACAGCCCUGGUGUAGGAGAAAGCGAUGUCAUGAGUAGUUUUGUUCUCAACUACCUGCCGCGGGCCUUUUGUUUCAUGUACGUUCUCAGUGCGUCGAAUGCUGAAGGAAUUCAGACCGACAGGUUAGGAAAGCUACUCACGAGCGCUCAAAAUCUGAGGAAAAGUGCCAACUUGGAUUUGUCACUAUCAGCUGCCUGUACGCUGUUUGUCUGCAACAAAUGGGAUUUGGUUGAGAACAAUGAACGCGAAGAGGUGAAAAGGGAUACGGUCGGAAAGCUUACAAGAAUACUUGGUAACCUGGAUCCGAAAUCGCAGAUUGUCUAUUUGUCAUGUAAAACCGCGCAGUUAGCUCAGACCUAUGGGGUAGUGACAGAGGAUUUCAGCAACCUAAUAACAGGGAUAAGUAAUCUCGUAGUCUCGUCCAUGAAGAAUAAUCUGCAGAUGAAUACUAGAUGGCUAGAGGAUCUUCUCGAUCGCAUGUCUCGUCAAGUCUGCAUAAAACUGAAGUCGGCAAAAAUGUCUCAUCAGGAAACAGAAGAAAAAAUCAAGAGAGUGUUAAGACGCAUGGAGGAGCUACAGAAUUCUCAGAAACGUAUAUUUGACGAACUUAGUGAGCAUCAGUCGAAAAUAUUUGAAGACAUCCUCGAGAAGCUGGCUUUGCACUUUAAAUCGGAGAAAACUAUCUCGAGCUUCUGCAAAUGGUCUAAAGAUGAAGUACCCAAACCCCUUGAAACAUGGCGGGAUACAAAGAAUGAGGUGUUAAAGUACGUCUCAGAGAGAACACACCAACUUGUCAAGCAAUGGGAAAACGAAGAGAACGAAUUUGACAGAGCUCGAGUGUCAUUGAUCCAACAUUGUUGCAAAAAGUAUGAUAUAAUGGAGGAAGAAAUGCGCGAAGUAGCAGAAGAUUUUUUUUUCGUGGACGAGGUGGACGGCGACCUUCCACAGGACGAAGGUGGAGAAAAUUUGAAACGAUCUAGAGUAAGAGGAAGAUUGCCAACAAGUACUGCUCCGCCAUGGCUUCGGCAAGGAUUGGCAUCAGUGGUGAUAGGGUCUCCACUUAGCAUGCUCGGAACCAAACUUAAAAAGAAGCUCCACUACAAACCCAAACUGGACAGGUUCCGCGAUGACCCAUGUGCCUACAUGUCAAAGCGAUCACAGAAAUGCCUCAAAGUUAUUUGUGAUCGAGACCGCUUGCUUCCGUUCAUCAGUAAACAACUUGAAGACGCCGUAUUGUACCUAAGACGGAUCAAGGAGAAGAUUCCAAAGCUGAGGGAAGGUGACGAGCUGAUCUAUCAACGGCUACUUGAAGACGAGAGGGGCAGUACUGAGAUUCGGAAGAUCUACGAGCCUUUAAACAACGAACUGGAAUUUCUGAGACGCAAUGUAACCGUGUACACUCUGCGAGAGAUCAGGCAGUCGGAUUUCGCAAGAGAAGAGUUAAAGUGCGAUGUUGAAAAUUUAGAUUUUUUCAUUGGAGGAGGCAGCUUCUCCACAGUGUUUAGAGGCAUUCUUCAUCGCAAAGGAUCGCCAGAGAUUAUGGUGGCAAUCAAGAUGUACAGUGACCCGCUUACCAGUAACAACGUGUGGCAUUUUGUAGACGAGGAACGUGCUUUAAGAAAACUGCGCCAUCCAAACAUUGUCGGUUUUUAUGGAACCAAUUUGCACCACAGCCCCAACGGCACUAAAGUGAUGAUCGUCCUCGAGCUUUGUAGUUGCUCUCUGAGAGAUCGAGUACUUUCCCAUCCAGAGGAUUCACCCGCUCGAUCGUCGAACGGCACAGUCAAAAAGAAAGUCUUAUCCUGGGUGCAACAUAUCCUGGAGGCUUUGCAAUAUAUCCAUUCAGAAGGAUUUGUUCAUCGAGAUUUAAAGCUGGAAAAUGUGCUGCUGACGCAAGGCGAGAAAGUGAAACUUGCAGAUGUGGGAGUAGCUAAACAUGAAAAAGAAAUAACUGGAACGAUGAUCGGAACCUCUCUGUACCUGGCCCCUGAAGUGUUUGAGGGUCGAGUCUACAACAGCAAAGCUGACAUAUAUAGUUUUGGCUUUGUACUUUGGGAAAUAUGGUAUGGUGAGCAAACCUUUCAAACGGCCAUGACAACCUGCGGAGUGUAUCAGCUCGAAAAGAUGAGACAGGGCUGCCGACCUGCCCACAUCGAAGGCACGAACCAUCCAUGGGAAAUAUGGGAGCAUGUCAUGACUAAUUGCUGGAAUGAAGAUCCACGUGCCAGACUGACAGCAAAAAAAGCGCUGGAAAGUUUUAAGGAGUUGCAGGAGGCUGAGAUUCAACCCAAACUGAAACCAGUACCGCCACCGAGGUCACCUUCGACACGGCCACUUUCAGCCAGCUAGGAGACCAAAUAAGCAAGUUGGAGCGUCUGUUUUUUACCACAAAAAAGUAGAGGCGGAGAGUGUUGACUUUGAAUUAAAAGAAAAGAAGUAAUGUGGAGCGGACUGAAAAGAACAAUCGCUCUAUAUCUUAGUAUUCGUUCGACUAUAUUUAAUUUAGGAAGAGGAGGUCACAGAAAUUAGAGAUGUAACCAAAUUUUACUCAAAGCUCCUCAUGAGCUCCAGUGUAUACUAAUCAUUUUUUAAUAGCAGUUCGUGGGCGGCGUGGAUUACAGAUAGUUCCCAAAGGUAUAUCUAUUUAUAACUCGGAAACCGUUUCUUGAAUCGCUUGAAGAGAAGCUAUACAAAUUUUUUUUAUUCCACUAGGACGUCAUUUUGGAUUUUUAGGGUAUCGGAGCGGCCAAAAUAUGCCAAUGAAUUACUCU